ACCAAAGCUUUGCUCCCGCCUUCGUUCUAGUAGCACAACCUCAUUUGAUCCGCUCGACUCGGUACAGUCACCUCCGUACAGUGGUUGCUCAUACACGGUCACUUAGAGCGAAUCCGAAAGUUGAUAUCAAAGACAUGGACCUCGAUGAUGAUAUACCGACGUUGAUCGAGCAUGAUGAUCAAGUACUUCCAAUCCCCGAUUCUGCCUCAACCCAUCGAGUACCAUGUACAAUCAUCAGUGGCUUUCUUGGUGCAGGGAAAUCUACCUUGUUGAGGCGUAUUCUAACAGAGCGUCACGGUUAUCGGAUAGCCGUGAUCAUGAACGAAUUUGGUGAUACUUCAAGCAUCGAAGCGAAAGCCAUCAAUAUCUCCUCGGAAGAUGACCCAACAGCAGAGAAGUCACAGGAGCUCCUUGAGCUGGCAAAUGGAUGCCUCUGCUGUUCCAUCAAAGACGCGGGUGUAGCUGCCAUUGAGAAACUUAUGCAAAGGAAAGGUGCCUUUGACCAUAUCUUAUUAGAAACGACUGGUCUUGCUGAUCCUGGCCCCAUCGCGUCCAUGUUCUGGCUGAAUGAAGAGUAUGCCGCUGGUUUAGGUCGACAGAUUUCCCUGGAUGGCGUUGUCUGCGUUGUCGAUGCUGUCUUUGGCCAACAGCAAAUGGAAGAGGACCAUUCUGUCGACGGCAUUGGCGAAAGUCUCAGACAGAUAGCAUGCUCAGAUGUUAUCCUGUUGAACAAAGUCGAUCUAGUAUCAGAGGAGCAAUUGUCCUCGACUGAAGAACUGAUACAAAGGGUUAACCCCUCUGCUCCAAUUCACCGAACUAUUCGCGGUCAGAUCGAUCUUGCGCAUAUCAUGAACAUCAACGCAUACGCAGGCGGGACAAAGGGGUUGCGAUCCGCACAACACCAACAUGGCGACGACGACAAUCAUGACCACGCGGAGUACGGCGUAUCCGCUAAGCACUACGAAUUGCGUGGUAUUUCUAGUCUGCAGGUCACCGUUCCCACGUUAACCCGCCAUCGUCUCGAAGAACUAGAUGCAUGGAUACGUACGGUUCUGUGGGAGAACCGAAUACCAGACAAUGUCCCUCAGACUGGAACAUCGGAACUCAAGAUCCUUCGCUGUAAGGGUCUUUUCGUGAUGGUGUCUGGGGAGCAGUACGUUCUGCAGGGCGUGCAGAGUAUGUAUGACCUAUCCUUAGUAGAAGGGGAUGUUACAGGAAUCCCCGAUUCAGGGAAGUUGGUGUUGAUUGGGAAGGGUCUAGACGAGUCGGUUAGGCAGAGCCUCGAGCGAUUGCUAGCUUAGCUUGUUAUCCUGCCGUUAUCUGUAUUCCCAGAAUCCCAAAUUGCGAGCGCUUCACGAUU